AAGCAGAGCUAGUCUUAACAAACCUAACUAGUUUUAACUUAUAAUAUGAAUUACCAGUAGGUAGGAAGUGCAUGUUCCACUGAAAAUUAAUAAAGUAUUGAAAUUAUACUUCAUCUGGUUUUGAAAAGUUACUAGUAACUAAAGUUUUAAAAUGUAGUGAAGUCAAAGUAUGAAGUAGCACAAAAUAAUAACACUCAAGUACUUAUACCUAAAAAAUGUAUUUAAGUACAGUAUUUGAGUAAAUGUACUUAGUUACUUUCCACCACUAGAAAAAAGGAAGAAGCGCUGGCUCACACACACACAUUUUCAGGCCAUUUCUUAGUGUCUUUGUAUUGAUUUGCCUUUAUUCUUAAACAUAAGUCAUAGCCAUCCCCAUUACGCAAUGAAAACAGAGCAUCUGUACAGUCUUUCUUAGUGUAUGACACGGGCUGUUGUGCUGUUUUAGUGUGUCAUGUGGUUCAUUUUAUUACCAGAGGCCCUAAAUCAUAUAAUCCGUGUGUUGUGUCACUAUCUGGGUGUCAGUGGUGUUUAUGUUCACAAUCUGUGUGUAGAAACCUGUUGCAGGGGGCAUUUAAUAUGUUCUUUAUGGAAUGUGUGGUCAAGUGGUUUUUGAAAAUGGCCUAGCUAAGAGUAGUGUCUUAUCAGCCUGAGCUGAUUAAGAUGUCUCUGAGCUGCUUCUUUAAUAGUGUAAUGCAGCCUUUCUGCCGUCUGACGGGGCCGAUUUAUAAACUGAUUUGCAACUUUAGAUUGAAAGUGCAAUUCAGUGAGACAUUUGUGAAAUCACCCGCCCCCCUUUUAGAUCCACCCACCUAGUAUUUACCCCUCUGCCUUUUCCUUUUAUAUACUGUAUAUCGUUUUAUCUUUCCUUGUAUACCCCCUGAGAAUUACUAAUACAAACCUCGAUCACGUAUGAUUGCGUUAAGAGUUGGAGAGGGUGAGUGAGGGGUGAGGAAGAUAUAGAGGGGGGGAGAGAGAGGCGACCGUUCACUGCCGUUGUCGGCGAUGUAACACACCGACAGCAUCCAGUCGGGACGCACUAGAGACGAUGCCUCUUUGUGCGCUACAAAACAAAGCGCUGGUGUGUGUUGGCCUCAACUAAUUGUUGCUUUUCAGACGAGCAUCCCUCCCUGCAGGCUUUAAUUACAUCUCUGCAGCAUCCUUGCAGAGCAGCCUAGUCUCUGCUGCCGAUUCCAUUUUCCGGCUGCAUUUAUCGGUGGCAUCGACGGAACCAGACACUGGACUGUGAUAUCGGGGCUCCUGCACGGCAGCCCGGACCGGCCGAGGACGUUCCCAUUCAUCAAUGUGCGCUGAAUAAAUAACUAGUAAGAAAGUUAACAUACUUUUCUUCAGACACGCACGAGCGUCCUGCAGCCUACAUGGAUUUAGGUUGAUGCGAAUUAUCAAAAGGCGUCGGGAAGCCAGAGGAGAGGCUUCUGUGCAGAUGAGGACAACGAAGUCGUGCUCGUUAGACGCGGCACCGUUCACCUGGAAUACCCGAAGCUCUCCAAUGACACGCAUCAGCAUCAACUUCUCAACGCUGUUGCACGUUUCCACGUCUGACAUCUCGGCCCGUGUGUCCUAUAGCAAGUAGGUUUAUGCUUUUUGUAGGUUAGAUUGUUUGCUGUUGAUUCGGAGCCCCGUGUGCCAUAAACUCGCGGCAGCUGAAUCACACACUAGUGGCCCCCCAAGAGGAUGCUGCCUGAAGUGCAAUGAUGCCUGGGACUCGGAGGAUUUUCUAAGCAGGAUGACAUUUAGUUGAAACACUCGUGGACCGAAACACAGAAUCUACUCUCUUUUUUUUAUUGCGCAAAGAAGCCGCAUCAAGAUCCGACAUCUGCCGAACUAGACUCUCGGUUUUCAGACUAGGUUCGGGGAGAUGGCUGCGAUCGCCAGCUCCCUGAUCCGGCAGAAGCGCCAGGCGAGGGAGUCAAACAGCGACCGGGUCUCCACUUCGAAGCGUCGCCCCAGCCCCAGCAAAGACCCCCGCUCUAUCUGCGAGAGGCAUUUCUUAGGGGUCUUCAGCAAAGUCCGUUUCUGCAGCGGCAAGAAAAGACCCGUUCGGCGGCGACCAGAUGCACCCUCGAAACCUCCACAGGUGUCCCAUAAGGGCUGCAGGCUAGAGCCGCAGCUGAAAGGCAUCGUGACGCGACUGUUCAGUCAGCAGGGUUUCUACCUGCAGAUGCAGCCGGAUGGAACCAUCGACGGCAGUAAGGAUGAGAACAGCGACAACACCCUGUUUAAUCUUAUUCCCGUGGGUCUGAGAGUGGUGGCCAUCCAGGGGGUGAAGAGUGGCUUCUACAUUGCCAUGAAUUGCGAGGGCAUGCUCUACAGCUCGGAGAUGUUCACACCAGAGUGUAAAUUCAAGGAGUCAGUUUUUGAGAACUACUAUGUGAUCUACUCAUCCACUGUGUACCGACAGCAGGAGUCAGGCCGGGCCUGGUUCCUUGGCCUUACCAAGGAGGGGCAAGUCAUGAAGGGCAACCGUGUCAAGAAGACUAAACCCUCAUCACACUUUGUACCCAGGCCCAUUGAAGUUUGUAUGUACAGGGAGCCGUCAAUGCAUGAAAUAGAGGACAAGCACCGCUCCAGAAAGAGCUCAGGGACUCCCACCAUGAAUGGAGGGAAAGCUGUCCAUCAGGACUCCACAUAGCAGCAAGGGGACGGGCUUCUAACAGGGGGGAGCGGCUUUAUCCUGACUCGGGGGACAGGCCAUAGGAAAACUCACUGCCCCUCCAGAAUACUACCACCAUCCCCUCUGAAGAAAGAGGGCAAUGUGAAGACAAGGAGCUAUUACUGUACACCCAAGACAACAAAAACAACUGAACUCUUGCCUGUGAAAACCUUUUAGAAGGAUUAAUAUGAAACCAGAGGAUAUAUAUAUAUAUAUGAAGAAAAAAACAAUUUUCAAUCAGAACUUGACCAACAUUUUAUGCAAAAAAGAGAAAAAGCUGUGAUAAAUAAAGGAACGGUGGUCUCGCUUCACACAAAUACAAAUAUCUAUCAUUUCCAAUUUAUGCUGUGAAAAAAAGCUUUAAUACAUGUUGAAUUUUCAUACAUGGAGGUUUUUCCCCUAAUGCUACAGCAUUCUUGCUUUCUUGUGUUAUUGUCAGAAACAUCAUCAGCAUUACUAAUCAGUUGCUCUAAUCCCGUUUACUAUCGUGGUUAUUAUGGCUUUCUUUUGUUGUUGUUUUUCAAUUACUUCUAUGAUUUUUCUCUCAGUUUGACCUUGAAGUCACUGUCACACUACCCGCUCUGGUGUAAGGGUAAAGCUGACUUAUUUAAUAGUUUUCUGGUUUGGACUCCAGUGGAAACAAUGUGCUUAGUGUGUAAUUUACUCAGGUGUGUGCUGCAAGUCAACCUGACCAAUAAGACAAACAGGACUGUUUAAAGUACUGAUAUAAACUUCACUAUAUUGUCCUGUUCUACAACAGAACAGGACUGAUACAAGCAAUAUAAUAGAAAGUGGUCAAUAUGUGUCUAAGUAAUAGUAAUAGCAAGCUGACAGCACAUCUCUCUUGGUGUGUUUCGCAGUAGAGACUCACAAAGAAAGCUGCAUAAGUGGGUGAAAGUUUGAAUCAUUUUCAAUAUACCAUUAAUGUUUGGAACGAAUGUUAGGUGUUAGGUAAAGAGAUUUCCAAAUGUGUCUAAAAUGGCAAAGAAGCUCUCCAAAAGCUGAAAUAAAAAAAGAUUAGCAUCAGCACUACGAGCCAUGACCCAAAAAGGUUACUUGACAUUUGCAGUUCAAGACUCCACUGUUAGCUAGAUUAUAGCAACAACUCUCAAAGUUUAAUUAUGUAACAGUAUUUGUGCUUUUGUUCUAUAUGGACAAAUCAACCUUGAUAAAAGGCUUCUGCUGUUUUUCUCUUAGCAAGAGAAGGAAUGGGUUGUUUUGCCAGGCCUGGCAGGGAAGAGCUGUGUUGAGGAAUUUUCAAGAAGUUCUAUGAGUUCUGCUAUGUUGAUUGUGAAAGCAUUUGAGAUAAUUCAACACUGGUGGACAGGGUGUCUGUUUACUUAUCCACUGACCUGACUUGUUAAUACUUUUCCAUCACAACGGAAGCAGAAUAUCUCAUUGAGGAACCAGUUCAUCUAGAUUUAGCCAGGUGCAAGAAAGAUGCCUUACCAUCUCACUGCUUGUUUUCCCUGACAUGGUAAGCCACACAGUCUCUAUUUGUCCUGGUUUUGUGACCCAUGAAAUGAGCCACUUGCUGCAUUAUGAAGGAAAGCAACUCUUUCACAAAUCUACGUGAUAACAUGGCUGUGUAAACAAGGUGAAUUGACUGGUACGUCAGCAUAUACCGUGUACACUGCUUAGCCCAUUCCUAAUCCCCAUUUAGUUUGUCUAACUCAGGAAGUUCUACAAUUGUUUCAUAAAUGGGGCCAGAUGUAAACACUGGCUGCUCCUUGUUCAGCAUCUGUUGCACAAAGCCUUGCCACCAAUGUGGUAUUUAUGGAGGCCAGGUUUGGGUUGAUGGCAUUUUACCAUUAAAGGUGGUGCACCUCUAAGCCAAGCCAGGUUAAGAUGGCUGAAAAAGGGAAUGGAGGAGGCGAGACAAUACACGGACAUGGACAUUGCAUGACUGUAACAGCUGCUGUGAGCUUGGUUUGAUUGUUGAGGUGGGAGCUAAUAAAGAUUGUUUUGAAUUUGGGGAGAGUAGAUUCAAAACUGUUUUAUGCAAGGUUCUGAUCAGUAUUGAUCAGAGAGUUUAUAGAACUCUCCUAUGUCUGGCUGGACACCAUAUGCUAGGUUGGUGGUACAUACAGUAAAAUAGCACACAUUCAGUUUGCACGGAGCAAACCUCAGUGACAUAUUACCAUGGAUAUGAAAGUGUCCACUACCUGGGGCCUGGGUCUAUGGCUGGAGCAAGUUACCCACAAUGGUAGAUUAGUUCAACCUCAUCUACAGCAUAACAGCAAACAUAACACUACAUACAGUACUGCAUAUUAGAAAUGACACUGAAAGACAACAGGCAAGACCAGCAUACUGAAGUAUCUUUUUCUAGAAGUUUAUAUUGGUGCAAAUGAGAUACAUGUAGACUUAAAGCAAUGCAUGAAACUGGAUGUUCCUGAUGUCAGCUGGUGACAGCACAGCAGAGUGUAGGAUGAACAAAGCAAGGAGGUAAAAAUACCUGCAAGAAAGCGGUAAAGUAUAGCACUUUGGGGUAGGGGUGGGGGGGUGUUUAUUGAUGUAUGAACGGGUGAGCAAAGGCUUUGGUUGAAUGUGGUAUUCAGUAGUAUUAUUUUUAUGUUUGCAGGUGAUUUCACUGCAUUGGAACAUGCUCAUAUAUGCAUUAUGAAUUGUGAGAUGAAAUAAAAAAUAUGCACUGAUAUUUUAAAAAAAUCUGAAUGAAGUAAGUGAUUGUUUAAGA